AUGGCGGCGCCCUUGGGGCGAGCGCUGGCGGCGGCGCCGGGCCGGGCCCGGGUCUCGCUGGCGAUCGCGGCCCCGGCGCGGCCCUACCGGGCAGCCCCGCUACGGCGCGGCACGGGGCCGGCCCCGGCGGACCCCGCGGACCUGCGGGCGGCGGCGCGGCGCUUCGGGCGGCUGGGGGAGGCGGCGGCGGUGCCGGUUUGGCGGCUGUGGCCGGACCCCGAGCAGCUGCGGGCGGCGGAGGAGGAGGAGCGCGAGUGGGACCCGCCGCUGCGGGAGGUGGAGGCGGUGCUGGACCGGCGGGAGCGGGAGGAGGCACGGCGGCGGGAGGAGAGGCAGCAGCUGGUGGCCCGCAGCCUGGCAGCGAUGCCGGCGCAGGUGAACGCCUGGCGGCAGGAGCGGGCGCAGGCACGGGAACGGGCGCGGCAGGAGGCGGCGCGGCGGCAGCGGCUGCUGGCUGAGGCGGGGCUGGGGGGCACCCCCCGCCCCGGGACCCCCCCCCACGGCAGCUCCCGGGCCCAGGCGCUGCUGCAGGACCUGGAGCGGCGCCAGCGGCAGGAGGAGAAGCGCCGGCGGCGGCAGGAGCGGGAGGAGGCUGUCCGUAGUGCCCUGGCUGCUGCCGAGGCUGCCGCCGCCUCCCGGCCCCCCCCGGGGGCACCCCCUGAGAGCACAGAGGCCGUCUCCCCCUGA